CUUUAUUUUGACGAUCUAUGCAAUAUUUCAACCGGAAGUCCUUCCAACCCCAACCCUCGUGGCAGGCUAAUAUAUUUAACGCAACCUUCUCAUGCAAUUUGGGUUGAGGUUAGUGACACAGGCCGUUCUCUGUAAGACACAGCGCGUUUUACUUUCUGCUCGAAGCUUGGGCACAUCCAGUCCAAGAUUUCUAAAGCAUCAGCCGGAGAAUUGGUUCAGUAAGAGAGGAAAACGCCAAACUAGCGCCGGUAACACGAUGGCUGAAGUCGAUCCAAAAAUAGAUGCAAUCCUUCAGCCGCUGAGGGAUGCGGUGAAACAGCAGGGAGAUAUUGUGCGAAAACUUAAAGAGGAAAAGGCGCCAGAAAUAGAUAUUAAGAGGGCUGUGGCCGACCUUAAGACCAAGAAGAAGGCAUUAGAAGAUAAGGAGCUGGAGCUUGAGCCUAAAGAUGCACAGUUUGAUAGGGUCAAGAUGGAGGACCUUCUUAAGCAGAGGUUUUUCUACGACCAGGCAUUUGCCAUCUACGGAGGAGUGAAUGGGUUGUAUGACUUUGGUCCCAUGGGAUGUGCCAUGAAGGCGAACCUGUUGAAUGCAUGGAGAAAACACUUCAUCCUUGAGGAACAGAUGCUGGAGGUGGACUGCUCCAUGCUCACUCCAGAGCCUGUGCUGAUAGCUUCUGGUCAUGUUGAGAGAUUCUCAGAUUAUAUGGUCAAAGACAUGAAGAAUGGCCAGUGCUUCCGAGCUGACCAUUUAAUUGAAGCCCACCUAGAGAAACUUCUCACUGACAAGAAACUGGCAGAUGAUGUUAAAGAAAAGGCAGCCAAAAUAUUAUCAGUGAUAGAUGGACUGACCAAGGAAGAAAUGGGCUCCAUUAUGAAGACGUAUAACAUGAAGUCACCAGUCUCUGGGAAUGACUUGUCAGAGCCCGUCGCCUUCAACCUUAUGUUCAGCACCUCUAUAGGACCAACUGGGACCGUGAAAGGUUAUCUACGCCCAGAGACAGCUCAGGGAAUAUUUGUCAACUUUAAACGCCUUUUGGAAUUCAAUCAGGGAAAACUGCCAUUUGCAGCAGCACAGAUAGGCAACUCUUUUAGGAAUGAAAUCUCACCGAGAUCUGGACUUAUACGAGUCAGAGAGUUCACAAUGGCAGAAAUCGAGCACUUCUUAGACCCCGAGGACAAGAGUCACCCCAGGUUCAAGGACGUCGCCGAUCUUCGAAUUCCGUUGCACUCGGCUUGUAACCAGCUGGACGGCAAACCAGUGCAGGUGAUGACACUGGGCGAAGCCGUGGAACAGAAAAUCAUCAAUAACCAAACAUUGGGCUACUUCAUGGGGAGGAUCUACCUAUUUAUGACCAAGUGUGGUGUAGACCCGACCAGGUUUCGCUUCCGUCAGCACAUGUCCAACGAAAUGGCUCACUAUGCCUGCGACUGCUGGGACGCCGAGUGUAAAACGUCUUACGGCUGGAUAGAAUGUGUUGGCUGUGCUGACCGUUCCUGUUAUGACCUGAAGCAGCACCAGAAGGCUACGGGUGUCACCCUGUCUGCAUCCAAGCAACUGCCAGAACCUAAAACAGUAGAGUUUGUGGAGCCGCAGAUGCAGAAGGGGGUUAUUGGCAAGGCGUUCAAGAAAGACGGCAAAGCGGUGAUAGACUUCAUUGCUGCCAUGGACAAGGAGGAAGUGGAAGCCAUGGACAGAGCCCUAAAUGACAGAAAUGUCUCAAUUUUUUGCAGGGAAUUUGCAGUCACUGUGAAUGGGCAGGAAUUUAAAAUAACACCAGAAAUGGUGAGCAUCAAGAGAUACGAAAAGACGGUGCAUGUGGAGGAUAUUACGCCUGGAGUGAUAGAGCCAUCGUUUGGAAUAGGACGAAUCAUGUAUGCCAUAUUUGAACACAGUUACAGGCAGCGAGAAGGAGAUGAACAGAGAAGGUAUUUCUCCUUGCCACCUGUGAUUGCCCCUUACAAGUGUUCAGUUCUACCUCUGAGUGGAAAGGCUGAGCUGGACACCAUAGUGUCACAAUUAUCAAAAGCCCUGACCAAUCUUGAUAUCUCGCACAAAGUGGAUGACAGCGGAGGCUCCAUCGGGAGAAGAUACGCCAGGACUGAUGCCAUAGCAAUACCAUUUGGUAUCACUGUAGACUUUGAUUCCCUUAAAGAGCCCCAUACAGCCACGCUGAGGGAGAGGGACACCAUGAAGCAGAUUAGAGCCAGCGUGGAUGAACUUCCUCAGAUAGUGAGUGAUUUGGCAAAUGGCAGACGGUCCUGGGAAGACGUACUGAGCAAAUAUCCUCUGUUUGAGCAGCAGGAGUCAUCAAAGUGAAGAAAUGAAUGAAAACCAACAGAGUCACUGGAUAAGAACCUUGAAUAUUUAUUAAUAUGUGAAAAAAGUCUUUCAGUGUCUUCUGGGACAGUUUGAAAAAUGGCUUCUCCCUUGUGAUGAAAGAAGGAUGUUGUUUUUGUAAACAAGACUUUAUAUUAUACUGCACAAACUUGUAAUGAGCUGGAUAGCUUGCUGUUAAUAGGAAACUCUUGAGAGCACUGCCGAAAAAAAAAAAUGUGCAGAUGAAAAGAGAAAAGGUCUACAAAAGUAUCUAGUCUUCUUGUCUUUCUUUCACAAUGAUGUUGGAAUGAGUGAUGAAAAUAGUCGAGAAUCAUGUCCAUUAAAGUUUUACAAUAAAAUUAUUGUCUUUUAUGUAUCUUCCACUCAUAUAACUGUUUUUGUCACUACACUGAGCUGUUUAUUUAUUUA